AUGAACACCGAACACUCCUAUUUCGACGCCGAUAUCACGGACGUCUUUCGCCGACAGCUCGUGUUCGCCAGCGUGCAAGCCAACAGCGCGCUCGUACUGCUCGUGGUGAUCGGCAUCUUGUCUUUGGCCGUCGUGCGGUACUUCACGAGUCCGUGGCGAAAACUUCCUCCCGGACCGCAAGGCCUGCCUAUCAUCGGCAACGCGCUCCAACUGGCAGAUACGCACAAACAAUGGCUUCGGUUUAGCGCAUGGCGCGAGGAGCAGUAUGGAGACAUCUUCUCUCUCAAUGCAGCUGGGCAGCCUGUCGUUGUUCUAAGCAGCCCGAAGGUGGCGUCCGAGUUGCUCGACUACCGCGCGAGCAUCUACUCGGAUAGGCCUCGAUGGAUCGUCGCGUCGGACAUCUUGACUAGAGGGUUGUUCCUCCCGUUCAUGCCGUGGAACGAUGCAUGGCACCGUAUGCGCAAGGCGGCACAUGAGAGCUUGUAUCCCGUGCAAAAGCUGCACGAGUACCAAGCUACGGAAGCUCUUCUCUUGGCCCGUUCCGCGCUGCAGAACCCGGUGUUGUGGGAUAAGUACAUUCGACGCUCAGCAGCGAGUAUGACGCUCUCUUGCGUCUAUGAUCAACCUGUCGUUAGCGAACAGGACGCUCGUAUCAGCUUCAUCAAUGCAUUUGCUGCGCGGAUGACUACUGCUGCAGCCCCCGGUGCUCAUUGGGUCGAGAUCUUCCCUUGGAUGCGCUACCUUCCGAGCCGCAUUGCUCCAUGGAAGGCCAAAGCAGAGAGACAAUACAAGGAGGAUAGUAACACCUUCAAUGCCGUCUUCCAAUGUGUACGCGAGAAAGUGAUGAGCGGCGUAGAAGGGCCAUCUAUGAGUGCAACUCUACUGCAUGAGACUGAUCGCCAUGGUCUCAGCGAGCAUGAAAGCUCGUGGCUAGCGGCGAGCUUGUAUGCGGCGGCCACAGAUCCAGUGUUCUCGGUCAUGCUAUUUUGGUCUCUCGCCAUGCUAAUGUACCCGGACACGCAGAGGCGCGCCCAAGAGGAGUUGGAUGCUGUUGUCGGUCGCGCACGGGUGCCAACCUUCGCUGAUAUGCCUCAUCUUCCCUACAUCCGCGCGAUGGUCAAGGAAUCCAUUCGUUGGGCGCCCGUGAUUCCGCUUGCAGUUCCGCAUCGCAGUAUACAAAACGACUACUACGAAGGAUACUUCCUCCCCAAGGGAACUAUCGUCAUCGCGAACACCUGGGAGAUGAACCAUGAUCCCGCCAUCUACGGCCCCGAUGUGGACGACUUCAAUCCGGCUCGUCACCUUGACGAUCAAGGCGAGCUUCUUCCCGGUCCGAUAGGCUCGAAGGAAGAGGGGCACUUCGCUUUUGGCUUUGGAAGGAGAGCUUGCGUCGGGAAAGCGGUCGCGAACAACAGUCUCUUCAUAGACAUCGCCACAUGCUUGUGGGCUUUCUCACUGGUCAAUCCUGAUGGGCAAGCGCUUGAUGUCGGCGCCUCUGAUGACGACGGUCUCACCAUCCGGCCGAAGGCAUUCGAUGUUCACAUUCAGCCCCGCUUCCACGAGGCUGUAGCCUUACUGUCGCACGAGUGCGAGCUCAGAGGACGCUGA